AUGCGUAAACUCGCGGCGAAGAAUAGCGUGACCCUUCGCCCAAGCGUGAACCUCUCCUCGCCGUCGCUUUCCGUUCCCAAGGUCCCACGAGGGCGAUCUCAUUCGCCAUCGCUUUCCCAGCUCGUCGCCUUCAAGACCUCAUUCCGAUGCCUUCGCGACCCCAGCCCGUCGCCUUCGCUCCGCCCGUCGCCCUCGCUUUCCACGCCUGUCGCCUUCACUUCCCCUCCCCCGUCGCCUUCACUUCCCCUCCCCCGUCGCCUUCACUUCCCCUCCCCCGUCGCCUUCACUUCCCCUCCCCCGUCGCCUUCACUUCAACUCCCCCGUCGCCUUCACUUCCCCUCCCCCGUCGCAUUUCCCGCCCGUCGCCUUCGCUACUCCCGCCCGGCGCCUUCCCUUCCCCUGCCCCUCGCUCUCGCUUCCCCCGCCUGUCGCACUCGCUUCCCCCGCCCGUCGCACUCGCUUCCCCCGCCCGUCGCUCUCGCUUCCCCCGCUCGUCGCACUCCCCGCCAGUCGCACUCGCUUCUCCGCCAGUCGCACUCGCUUCCCGCCCGUCGCACUCGCUUCCCCCGCUCGUCGCACUCCCCGCUCGUCGCACUCGCUUCCCCCGCCCGUCGCUCUCGCUUCCCCCGCUCGUCGCACUCGCUUCCCCGCCAGUCGCACUCGCUUCCCGCCCGUUGGGCUCACUACCCCUCCCAUUGCCGUUCACUCUCUCCUGCUCACGCUCUGCCCUCCGCUCACUCUCUCCCCCUCCCUUCACUCUCUUCUCUCACGUACACUCCCUUUCCCCCUAUUCUCACUCCUCUCUUUCCCCCUCGCCUCACUCUCUACCCCCCUGCUCAAUCCCUUCCCCCCUCGAUCUCUUUCCCCUACUCUCUCUCUACCCCCCUGCUCAAUCUCUCCCCCCCUCAAUUUCUUUCCGCUGCUCACUCUCUCACUCUCUCCCCCCCUGCUCACUCCCUCCCCCCCCCGCUCACUCUCUCCCCCCCUGCUCACUCUCUCCCCCCCUGCUCACUCUCUCCCCCCCUGCUCACUUUCUCCCCCUCUGCUCACUCUCUCCCCACCUGCUCACUCUCUCCCCCCCUGCUCACUCUCUCCCCCUCUGCUCACUCUCCCCCCGUGCUCACUCUCUCCCCCCCUGCUCAUUCUCUCCCCCUCUGCUCACUCUCCCCCCGUGCUCACUCUCUCCCCCCUGCUCACUCUCUUCCCCCCUGCUCACUCUCUCCCCCUCUGCUUACUCUCCCCCCGUGCUCACUCUCUCUCCCCCCUGCUCACUCUCUCCCCCUCUGCUCACUCUGCGCCCCUGCUCACUCUCUUCCCCCCCGCUCACUCCCUCCCCCCCCGCUCACUCUCUCCCCCCCUGCUCACUCUCUCCCCCUCUGCUCACUCUGCGCCCCUGCUCACUCUCUUCCCCCCUGCCCACUCCCUUCCCCCCUGCUCACUCUCUUCCCCCCUGCUCACUCCCCCUCUGCUCACUCUCUUUCCCCCUGGACUCACCCGCCUUUCCUCCCUGUUUACUCUCAAUUCCCCUUCGUUCAACCAUUUUUCCCCACACUACUCUUAUUUCCCCUGUUCAGACCCCUCGGUUUCCCCUGCUUACUGGCUUUCCCCCCUGCUCGACCCCUUCUCCCCCCUGCUCACUCUCUUUCCCCUUUUGCUCACCCCUCUGCCCCGUCCACAUCCAACCCUCGCUUAUCUGCCAUACCCCCUCUUCCCUUCCCGUUCUAUCACAGAACCAUGAACAGCACUGCACUCCUUGCUGCCCGCCUGCACGCGCUGCCCUGGGUGUGCGCCCAACACUCUGCUCCACAGCCGCACCACCACCUGCCAUGGGCGACGGUGGGGGGAAGCGUGGGUGACGGUGCGGGGAAGCGUGGGCGACGGUGGGGGGAAGCGUGGGCGACGGUGGGAGGAAGCGUGGGCGACGGUGGGAGGAAGCGUGGGCGACGGUGGGGGAAAGCGUGGGCGACGGUGAGAGGAAGCGUGGGCGACGGUGGGGAAAAGCGUGGGCGACGGUGGGAGGAAGCGUGGGCGACGGUGGGAGGCAGCGUGGGCGACGGUGGGGGGAAGCGUGGGCGACGGUGGGAGGAAGCGUGGGCGACGGUGGGAGGAAGCGUGGGCGACGGUGGGAGGAAGCGUGUGCGACGGUGGGAGGAAGCGUGGGCGACGGUGGGAAGAAGCGUGGGCGAUGUGCGGGGAAGCGUGAGGGAAGGUGGGGGAAGGUGGGGGAGGGCGCGAGCGACGGUGUGGGGAAGCGUGGGGGAAGGCAGGAGGGAGCGUGAGCAGCGGUAA